GCAGCAGAGCGUAGUUAUUAAUUUUGGAAUAGCAGUAGAAGAAGAAGCGGAAGUACAUGUCAGAAGGACGUAGCCGUGCGGGGCGGUAACAAGCUAGCUCAGGAAAUAUGCUGUCAGUUUUAUCUAAUGUGCUUAGGGCGUGUGCUCAGAAAAAUGGUGCUGCCGUGGUCAUGUCAGCAAGAACAUAUGCUGACUUCACAACCCAGGCUACCUUUGAGAUAAAGAAAUGCGACAUUCACAAGCUGGAUGAAGCUCCUGCCACUCAGGUGGUGAUGACUCGCGAUGAGGGUCUUCAAUACUAUCGCACCAUGCAGACCAUUAGGCGAAUGGAGCUUAAAGCAGAUCAGCUGUACAAGCAGAAGAUCAUUAGAGGUUUCUGUCACUUGUACGACGGCCAGGUAGACAUUUUUUUUUCUGCACACAUGGAGUUAUCAGCAUCACAAACUUUAUUCACCUCCUCACAGGAAGCCUGUGCUGUUGGUAUUGAAGCAGCAAUUAAUUUGUCAGACCACCUGAUCACUGCAUACCGUGCCCAUGGGUACACUUACACCAGGGGAGGGACCGUGAAGGAGAUCAUGGCUGAGCUCACUGGAAGAAGAGGUGGCAUUGCAAAGGGAAAAGGAGGUUCCAUGCACAUGUACUGUAAACAUUUCUAUGGUGGAAACGGCAUUGUUGGGGCUCAGGUUCCAUUGGGUGCUGGUAUUGCUCUUGCCUGCAACUAUAUGGGCAACAAUGAGUUGUGUGUCUGUUUGUAUGGUGAUGGUGCUGCUAACCAGGGUCAAAUUUUUGAGACGUACAACAUGGCCGCACUCUGGAAGCUGCCUCUCAUUUUUAUUUGUGAGAACAACAGAUAUGGCAUGGGCACGUCUGUGGAGCGAGCAGCCGCUAGUACAGACUACUUCAAGAGAGGAGAGUUCAUUUCUGGUCUUAGGGUGGAUGGGAUGGAUAUCCUCUGUGUUCGGGAAGCAACACGCUUUGCAGCUGAUUUGUGUCGAGCCGGCAAGGGUCCUGUUCUAAUGGAACUUCAGACUUACCGCUACCACGGUCACAGUAUGAGCGAUCCUGGUGUCAGCUACCGCACACGUGAGGAGAUCCAGGAAGUGCGCAGCAAGAGCGACCCUAUCUCCCUGCUGAAGGACCGCAUGCUCAGCAACCACAUGGCCAGUGUGGAGGAGCUCAAGGAGAUCGAUGUUGAGGUGAGGAAGGAGAUAGAAGAGGCUGCCCUGUUUGCCACCACUGAUCCUGAACCACCUCUGGAAGAACUGUGCAACCAUAUUUUUCACAAUAAUCCCCCGCUGGAGGUGCGCGGCACCAACCCAUGGACCAAGCUCAAAUCUCUUAAUUAAAUUAUUCUCAGCACCUCCUCCACUCCAAUAUAGUGGCCCGCUGGCCCAACGUUAACGCCGUCAUCAUUUAGCCAUUAAGCUAAGUCACACAUCAGACCCACAGCAAGUGGAAGUUGUUUUAUUUCAACUGUAUUAUGUAAAAUAUACCCCUGCAAUAAAGCUCCCCCUUAAAAAGGA